AUGCCCUCUGGCAUGUUCAGCAUUGACAACAUCUUGGCAGCCAGGCCUCGCUGCAAGGAGUCGGUCCUGCUCCCUCAGACUGGAGCCCUGCUCUUCCCCGGCCUGGGGGAGUCUCUUUAUGGGGGCGCAGACUACGGCGGAUUUUACAACAGGGCAGUGGCCCCUACAUCUACCCUGCAGGCGGUGAAUGGAUCUAGGCUGGGAUUCAAUAACUAUUACUAUGGACAGUUACAUGUGCAGGCUCCUGUGGGCCCCUCCUGCUGUGGAACCAUGCAACCUCUGGGGGCCCAGCAAUGCUCUUGUGUACCCACUGCCACAGGUUAUGAUGGGGCAGGUUCGGUAUUGAUGCCACCAGUGCCCCCACAGAUGUUGCCCUAUAUGAAUGUGGGCACAUUGUCCAGGACAGAACUACAGCUCCUUAACCAGCUGCACUGCAGGAGGAAGAGGAGGCACAGGACCAUCUUCACAGAUGAGCAGCUGGAGGCACUGGAGAACUUAUUCCAGGAGACAAAAUACCCAGAUGUGGGCACCAGGGAGCAACUGGCCAGAAGGGUCCACCUCAGGGAAGAGAAAGUGGAGGUCUGGUUCAAGAACCGCAGAGCCAAGUGGAGGAGGCAAAAGAGAUCUUCAUCAGAGGAGUCAGAAAAUGGACAGAAAUGGAAUAAAGCUCCCAAAUCCUCGACAGAGAAAACAGAGGAGCAGAGCAAAAGUGACCUGGACUCGGACUGCUGACCAGGACUAAUGAUGGACCUGGUGGACAGGGGGGACUUUGCACAACAGGACGCUGCUGAGCUGCACACAUGCUGG